CAUCAGGUGUCCCCAUCAGAGCGCUCCCUCACAUCGGGUGUCCCCAUCAGAGUGCCCCCUCACAUCGGGUGUCCCCAUCAGAGUGCCCCCUUAACAUCAGGUGUCCCCAUCAGAGUGCCCCCUCACAUCGGGUGUCCCCAUCAGAGUGCCCCUCACAUCGGGUGUCCCCAUCAGAGUGCCCCCUUACAUCAGGUGUCCCCAUCAGGGUGCCCCCUUAACAUCAGGUGUCCCUAUCAGAGUGCCCCCUUAACAUCAGGUGUCCCCAUCAGAGUGCCCCCUUAUAUCAGGUGUCCCCAUCAGAGUGCCCCCUUACAUCAGGAUUCCCCCUUACAUCAGUUUUCCCCAUCAGAGUACCCCCUUACAUCAGGUGUCCCCAUCAGAGUGCCCCCUUACAUCAGGUGUCCCCAUCAGAUUGUCCCCAUCAGAGUGCCCCCUUACAGCAGGGUCCCUGUUAGGAUUCCCCCU